AUGCCCGCCCCCUUCCCGGCCCAGAGCUGCUCCUGCCGAAGCCCCCAGCCCCCAACCAGCGGGCGCCACUCUCCACCGCCGGGCUUCGGGGCCGCACCUUGCCCAACGGCUCCCCAACCACCCUGCGCCGCGCACCCCCCCAUCAAAUAUCCGAGAGAGAGAGUGAGCUGUAAGAAGAGGCACUCCCCGGGGACCCAAAGCCUCGCCAGGCUGCGGGGCACCCAGACUGGCAGCGAGCCAGUUCAGCGGCUAGGGCGCGGAGGAGGAGGGGGGCCUGAGGCGGCCGUGCCAAGCUGCGCGGUGCCCCUGCCCUUGCCCCGAUCCUGUCGGGAGAACCCGGCCGAGCCUCUGGCUCCCUGGCUCUGCGCGCCCUCCCCGCAGCGCCUUCCCCCCCUCCCCCGGCCUCUGCCUCGAAGCUGGGCCGCUGAAGCGCUCCCCUGCUUCUCCCCACUCGGUCCGGCAGGCCCGGGGCACCCUACCUGCGCCUCGGAGGGUGCGGACCCUACGCGCUGCGCAAAGCCGUCUUGGCAGCGCGUCCUUCCCUCCCCUGCAGCCGCUACCUGGGCUGGGAAACCAGCCCGGCCAACAGGAAAUAUGAGAGUGUGCCCGAGGGCGCCCAGGGCUCCUGCGGUCCCUCUGCUGGAAAGAGGCUCUCACUGCGUCCGGGAGCGGCUGCCCCGGGCCCCUGGGCCCCUGGGCCCCUGA